AAUGUCCUCAUGAUUCUCAGAGAAUAAUCAAGAAGAAAAAUAAAUAAUAAUAAAAAUAAUAAUGCAUUUGAUUGUGUGAAACGUGAAAGAUGUGAUUCUGUAAACAAAUGGACGAAAUUAGUUGAAAAAAUGUUGAAUUAAUUCCUUAUCGAUGGAUUGAAUGAUGAAUAAUUUAAAAAGUGUUUCAGUGCAAGUAAUCAACAGCGACCUGGCUUUGCUGUUACCGAACGGUGUUUAUGAAAUCAAACAAAUGGAGGCAAAGUCCUCAAGACUGAAGCAAAUAUGUCUUUUCUGCCUUGCAUUGUGCAUUUUUGGUAUAUUUGGAUUUGGGUAUUUCUGCCCUGAUAAGGUAUGUGCUUUGAGCUCUAGAGGCACUACUGGGUCUGAUCCCAGUGAUUCCAUUGAAGACAACUUUGGUAAACCUCACAUCAAUAGUAAGGUAGGCUGGAGCUUUAGUGAUAUGCUGAAUGAUGAUUUUACAUUUGAUAUGGAUUCACAUGAUGUCAUGGUGUUUCUACACAUGCAAAAAACUGGUGGUACCUCUUUUGGCAGACACCUAGUGCAUGACCUUGACCUGAAACGUCCCUGCACAUGCCCCAUUAGCAGAAAGAGAUGCUACUGCUUCCGGCCACACUCCAAUCAGAGCUGGCUCUUCAGUCGGUACACCACUGGAUGGAAAUGUGGCUUACACGCGGACUGGACUGAACUCACAAGCUGUGUUGACGAAAAAUUGGACGAAUUGGAAGAUGUAGUGAAGAGGAGGUAUUUUUAUAUCACGCUGUUGAGAGAGCCCGUCUCCAGGUAUUUAUCAGAAUUCCGCCAUGUGCAAAGAGGUGCCACAUGGAAAGGCUCCAGACAUUCCUGCAAAGGAAAAGUUUUAACUGACAAAGACUUGCCCCCAUGCUACCAAGGGGAAAACUGGGAGGGGGUAGAACUAGAUGAAUUUAUGAGUUGUGAAAACAACUUGGCCAUCAACAGGCAGACCAGGAUGUUGGCAGACUUGGAACUGAUAGGGUGUUACGAUAGAAACUAUAUGCCUAAAGUCGAUCGAGACAGGAUAAUGUUAGCGAGCGCCAAGAAAAACCUACUUUCCAUGUCAUUUUUCGGCCUGACCGAGCACCAAAAGAUCUCCCAGUACAUUUUCGAAGAAACGUUCAACCUCCGCUUUGCCAUUCCCUUUGAACAGAACAAUUCGACCGUCUCCAGCUCGACUAUGACUCAGCUGACUGCCGAGCAAUCUGCGAAAAUCGCGGAGCUGAACAGUUUGGACAUGGAGCUGUACAAUUUCUCGAAGAGGAUUUUGUUCCAGAGAUUCCGGAAGUUGAAAUCCAGGGACAGUGAUUUCAAAGAGAGGUUCAAACAUUUGGGGGAGCUUAAUAUCAAGCACGGACCGACAGAGUUUGAUUGGGAUAAAUUAGAGGACCCCACGGAACCUACCACUUAGAUGGAGGUAUUCUCAUAUUUGGGUUUUUGGCUGGGAAAAAGUGAAGGUUUCACUGUCAUUUGGCCCUUGGAGGGGUUCUUUUCUGUGGAUCAAAAGUUAUUAGUCGAAUGAGGAUUUGUUUACAGGGUGUUGAUUGACAACGCAUCUUAACAGUAAUCUACUUGUUGAUUUCUGCAUUCAGUUCUAUACAAGGUGACCCCCUUGCUAGAGUGGGUGGAAUACUGCAAAAUAGGUUGGGUUUGCUCAGUAAAAAAAUGUCGUAACGCCAUCCGUUUUCAAGAUACAAGGUGUUGAAAAAAGAUGUUUUCACAUAUUUUUUACGAUUAUGUUGGAACUACUGGCAACAUUGUGAUGAGAUCUUGUAUGGAUGUGUUCUGGAAGCUGAGACAUUGCAUGAAUUUGUUUUCAUAUCUGACUCUCGUAGAGGGCGCUAGUUACACUUUUUGAGGUUAGAUUUUUGAGUCGGUAGGACAUUUUUUUUACUGCGCAAACCUAACUGAUUUUGCAGGGUUCUACCUGUAUAAAUAAAAUUGCAGUUUCCUCAGUGGCUUGGGAAACAUGGGGGUAAGUUACCAUAACCUCCUGUAGCAUGUUCAAAAUGUCAACUAGUUAUUUAUUUGACAUAUUAUUAUUUAGAUACAGGGUGAGUAUUUUAUAAGAUAAUCUCUGGUUCUCAGAAUUUGGUUAUCUUGUUCUAAAAACACAUGUAAAUGAAUGAGAUAUCUCAAGCUGAAAGACCACAAUUCAAAUAAGUCUGACUGGUUAAAGUGCCAUGUAUAUCAGUUUGUUAGCUCAAGGUGCCCUUCAUAUUUUGUUAACAUAACAAUAAUUAUAUUAUUGUUUAGAUCACUUUCUUCAUACUUCAAUUCUUCUGCGUCACUCUAGACACUACUGUAUUUCACGUUCCAGCUUUCUAUGAAUUUACCAAAAUGUAAAUACCUGGCACAUUAUGUGGAUGUGAUAUUUCAAGCAUUUAACAUUCUUCUAAUGAAAAGUCUGAUAUACUUCAUUAUUUCUUUUAUUAUAAUAUGAAUAAUUUUAACCUGUUAAUAUUUAGUAAUUUUAUGAAAAAGGCACUCGUUAGUUUUUACUUCUACUGGGUGUCCAAAAAAAUUAGCAUUAAGUAUUUUUCUUCAAGAGUAAAAUCCUAGGGUGAGAAAAGUAGUUUUUUUUGUGAACACCCAGUAUACAAAUCUGAUCAAUUGAAUUUUAUUAAGUUGAAGUUAGUAAUUAAUUAUACAAACAUUUUCACUGCCGGUACAAUAUUAGCUAUUAGUAAUCGAGAAUUUUGUAUCAAAUGUUAGUAAUUUUCUUUUCUGCAGGAUUUUUAAUACCUAUAUUAGGAAAAUAAUUGACAAUCUACAACAUUGGAGAAAAAAUAUUAUUUAUUAGAGUAUGAUUUAUCAAGAUUGGAUUGAUCACAAUAUUUAGGUUAGUAAGUACCUGUUGAAUUAGAUUCAAGAACAAUAAUUGGAGAAUAAGGAGGCUGUAAUAAGGUAUUGAUGAAUACCUAUUUUCAAAAUUUUUAGUAUCUAAAUGAUUUUAAGUGUUAUAUUAACAUGUUAUUAAUCCUAUAUUACUAAUUUCAUUCAUCAUCAAUAUUUCUAUUUAUUAUUUUUUUCAGAAGUGAUGAUUCAACACAAUUUACAUGUAUGUACAUGAUUAGACUAUAUGAGUACCUAUUUCCAUUACAUGAAAGAAGAUAGUUUUUACU